AUGUUUCGUCUGUUGGUGGCCGGCUUGGUCGUGGCUGCUCUCGCCCCCUCGACAUUGGCCGAGUACAUGAUUUUUGGCGACUGCAAUGCCAACCGCAGUGAUUCCGUCGUCACCUACACUGUUUACCCCGCCGACACUUGCAUGGGCUAUCCUGAUGGCUUUUCGGAGCGCAACUACUGCGAAAACGGCCGCGCCUACUUUCGUGUCUGGAAUGAUGUUUCCAACUGCUCCGGGAAUGCCGAUGCCGCCUUUAGCUAUCCUGUGAAUACCUGCAACGAUGGCUAUGAGUUUUAUUGCACGGAAGAGCUGCCGACGGACGUUGUGGCACACAUCACUUACCAUGAAGACAACGGCUGCAGCGAUGAGCCUUUCCACAUGAAGCUGUUGGCCGAAACCUGUACGCGGGGUCACAGCUCGGCGUCGGCCAGCGUCUCCUGCAGCGGUAACUCCUUUAGCAUCACCUCCUAUACUGAGUCAGACACGUGCGACGCCGCGACGCCUUCCAAGGUCAAGCAGUUUAACAUCGGCGAGUGCUUUGACGAUCGCGCGUAUGACGAUGACGUUGUCGACAUGGAUGAUUUCAACUGGCGUGCCAAUGAUGGCGAUGACGCUCAAGAUGAUCUUUGGGUUGAUGAUGACCCGAACGAUACCCCAGCGCUGGUAGCCCGUCGUUCCACACUCCCGGUCCCGGCUGUCGAACUCCUAGGCGUGGCACCACGGGCGCGCUCGCGACGAAGCGCAGAGCAAUGGUCGGUUGCCAUUGGCUGUGGCCCAUACGACCCCUUUAGCACGUCUACAUUCACCACGCGCACCACCACCACCACGGGCGCUGCUGCUGCGGCCCUUCCCUGGACAAUGUUGGGCCUGUUUGCGGCUCUCCUGGCCCGACUGUCCCUCUAA